GAACCGGGGGGGGGGGACCAAAAAAACCCGGGGGGGACAAAAAGAAAUCGGGGAGCACCGGGGACCCCCCCGCCGCCAGCCCCGCUCCUUCCCCAGGAGCCCUCCCGGAGCCGAGGCCUCACCCCCAUGGAGAACAGCCGAGAGCCGCCAGAAGAGCGCCCGGGAGCCUCCAGCACCGCCCGGCCCGCCGACGCGCCAGGGGCCGGGGAUGGCGCCGAGAGGGACAAGGCGGUGGGAGAAGGUGGAGACAUGGACACGGACAAGGACAAGGACGACAAGGACAAGGAGAAGGAGGAGGAGGAGGCUUUCCUCGUCAGCCUCUACAAGUUCAUGAAGGAGCGACGCACGCCCAUCGAGAGGAUCCCGCACCUCGGCUUCAAGCAGAUUAACCUCUGGAAGAUCUACAAGGCCGUGGAAAAGCUGGGAGCCUACGAGCUGGUGACGGGCCGCCGGCUCUGGAAGAACGUCUACGAUGAGCUCGGGGGCAGCCCCGGCAGCACCAGCGCUGCCACCUGCACUCGGCGCCACUACGAGAGGCUCGUCCUUCCCUACGUGCGGCACCUCAAGGGCGAGGAGGACAAACCGCUGCCCCCCAGCAAACCCCGCAGGCAGUACAAGGUGUCCAAGGACGACAAGAGCAAGAGGGCCCGGAAGGAGAAGAGCCGCGAGCAGGUGGCUCCGGACGCGGGGCAGCCGGAGGCGGGCGCGGAGGAGGCUCCGGAGCGGGGCCGCGGGACAGACGGACGCUGCAGCCCGGCCAGCGCGGCCACGCCGGCCCCCAGCCCCUCGGGGGGCAGCGCCAGCCCCUGCAGGACCCACGGCGAGACCUACAAGCGCCUCUUCUCCAGCUUCUACUCCAAAGGGAACCAUCCCAUCAUGUCCCCGCUGGCCAAGAAGAAGCUGCUGGCGCAGGUGAGCGAGGCCGAGUCCUUGCGCUGCCACAAACGCCACUGCCCCGAGGGCCGGCGGGCACCGAGCGACGGCGGCCCCGAGGCGCCCCGGGCUGAGCAGAGCGGCGCCGAGCCCCGGGGAGCUCCGGACAGAGCUGCGAGCCCGGGGAAGGAGGCGGGCCCGGCCCGCAGCGCAUCCCCGGGGAGCGGGGACAGCCCGGCCCCCGCCGUCUUCACCGGCUACUUCCACGCGUACCGCAGCGAGGGCCCGCAGCCCGCCGGCUGCCCCCCGCUCUGGGGCUGCUUCUCCAACCUGAAGGAUUUUCUGGAGCCGCCCUCCGCCUUCCCGGCGCGGCCCGAGGAGCCCGAGCAGCCGCAAGAGCUGCGGAGCAGAGCGGGGCGGCCGUGGCAGGGCCGGGCCAGCUGGGUGCCCCCCGGAGCCGCCUUCGGCCCCGCCGAGCCCCGGCACGGCCGCCACGAGGAGGAGGAGGAGGAGGAGGAUGAGGAGGACGAGGAGCCCUUGGGCCCCACAGCGCAGUCACGCCCCGCGUCCCCCCUGGCCAAGGAGGGCAGGGACAGGGGGAGCCGCUCGCCGCGGGGCCGCCGAGCGCCGGCCAAGCCCAGGGCCGUGGUGGCCGCUCCGGGUUUCUCCGCUCCGCUGCCGCCGGACGCUCUCAAGGGAGCCGCGCUGCGCUUCCCGGGAGGUUUCGGCCUGAAAAGUCCGGGCGUGCCGGCGGCCCCGGCGCUCGCCGUGAACCCCGUGGUGAUCCCGGCUUUCCCCAGCCCUUUGGUGGUGGCCUCGGAGCUGUGCCGGCCGCUGGCCGCCGGCCGCUUCCCCGCGUCCUACGGGAAUUGUCCGCAGCCCCGGCUGUACCCGGCGGCUCCGUGGCACGGCCAGCGCUCCCGCAGCUCCCCGCACGUCCCGGCCUUCCCGCACCACGCCCGGCCCUAGCGCUGCCAGCCCCGGGCACCAACCGGAGCCGUUCCCGUCGUGAGCUCGGAGCCGCUCGGAGCCGGCGCCGUCCUGGCCGCGGCUCCGCCGCCGGCGCCCCAGGGUUCUUUAUAUUUUCUAUAUAUCCGCACACAAAUGUAUAAAGAAGGGAGCGAAAGCA